GCAGCGCCGCGCGGCGAUUGGGCGGGGGCGGCGGCCGUCCCGCGGCGGCGGCGGCGCGCGGGGGAAGAUGUCGGGCGGCGACGCGAAGAAGCUGGUGCGCUCCCCCAGCGGGCUGCGCAUGGUGCCCGAGCACCGCGCCGCCCGCAGCCCCUUCGGCCUCGACGAGCCCCCCUGGGUGCCCGACAAGGAGUGCCCAAGAUGUAUGCAGUGUGAUACAAAAUUUGACUUCAUAACUAGAAAGCAUCACUGCCGGAGGUGUGGGAAGUGUUUCUGUGACAAGUGCUGCAGUAAGAAAGUGCCUCUGCCCCGCAUGUGCUUCGUGGACCCCGUGCGCCAGUGUGCGGAGUGCGCGCUGGUCUCGCAGAAGGAGACAGAGUUCUACGACAAACAGCUCAAAGUGCUCAUGAAUGGUGCUACAUUCUUUGUAACUCUGGGAACAUCUGAUAAAUCUGAGCUCAUGGUUUGUCGACUUUCCAACAACCAGAGAUACCUGGUUUUGGAUGGAGACAGCCAUUAUGAAAUUGAAAUUAUACAGAUUUCAACUGUUCAGAUACUUACAGAGGGAUUUACUCCUGGAGAAAAAGAUAUUCACACUUACACCAGCCUCCUGGAGAGCCCGCCUGUUACUGAAGGAGGCAACACUCGUGCCAUAGGGAUGAUCCUGCAGUACAAGGUCCCGGGGUCGGAGGAGGUGACGCAGAUGAAGUUUACUGCUGGUGAAGACUUCAGCUGUAACAAGAAGCUGUCGGCAGCCUGGCUGGCAGCCAUGCAUAAGGCAACAAAACUUCUCUAUGAGUCUCGGGACCAGUGAGAACUGCAAAUGUGGCCUCCUGAGGGCACACACAGACACCAGCCUCCACAGACCUGCCUCUCACUUUGUGCUGAUUUGACAGCUGGAAAUAUUUGCUGUUCUUGACUCUCUCUCAUUCCAGUGUGGUUCAUUAUGUAAGAACUGGCAAAUGCAAUGUGAGUAUUUUUUUUGAACCAUGAGUAUUCACGGUAGUGUGCAAUAUGUAUACAGUUAAUGCUUUAAACAGCCUCACCUUUUAAGACUUUGUAUAUUUUGUUAAGCCUUUACUGGCACUUAAUAUGAAAGUGACCUGCACUACAGCUAAUGUACAGCACAACUUUUAUAGUAACCAUUAUAUACUGUUUGCUACAGGAAGCAAACAAAUGUGUAUGUCUCUUCUGCAGAGAAUAGCUUUUGGGUAUAGAUCUCAGGUUUUUCCCUCUAGCCAAAUGUUUAAAAUCAAUGUACAAAAAAAAUCUGCCUUAGAUAGGGUUUUAUAGAAAUCAUGUGGGUUUUUUUAAACAUUUCAUUUUAAACAUCUAAAUAUUUCACCAAAUACCACCAAAUUUGACUUACAUGAACUUAACCUUGAAACUUCACUUCUGUAAUAAGCUUCCAGAAUAAUUUUUAGUUUUGUAUUUUCUUUUUUGGUAACUAGCUUUUGUUAAUCUAAUCUGUAAUGCUAUCUGAAAUUGUAUACAAUUUAAUGUACAAAUACAAAUAAAUUAAUUCACUUAUUUAAAGAAAA